AUAUUUAAUGCAAGUUGCCAAGACUUGUUCGAAGACCAAGUUAAACUCUCCUUCAUAAUAUUUUUACCAACUUUUAUUCUUUAUUGAGGUUGUUAGUUACAUGACAAUGGUAGCUUUAUGACCAAAUAAUGAAUGGACAACGAUGAUUUCUUUGACGCUUUUAACGAUUGGGAUGAUUUGACGCAGAAGCGUGAACAAUGUCUAAGAUGUGGCCGACCAACAACAGUUUGCAUCUGCUCCCAUCUUCCCAUUGAUCCGAUCCAAUUAAAACGAUCCCGUCUUCACAUCUUGCAGCAUCCCAACGAGGAGAAUCGGCCAUUACACACCGUGUCUAUUCUACGCUCAGCACUUCAUACUGACUCUUGCUACGUAUACAAAGGGAAAUCAUUCUCACAGCAAAAAUACCCGAACCUACAUCAGGUGUUUAAAGCAGACAAUACAGUGCUGUUGUAUCCGUCGAAAAAUGCGACAAAACUUGACGACUUGAAGUUCAAUGGUUGUUGUAAUGUUGUGUUAGUUGAUGGAACUUGGAAGCAAGCUUCAUCCAUGUUUGCUAGGAAUCCUGUGCUGGAUACUUUGACUAAGGUACAAAUUGAGGCCCCAUCCAUAAGUGAGUACGUGGUACGCACACAACCCAAUGAUAAAUGUCUCUCCACUGUAGAAUGCGCUGCCAUUGCUUUGUCGCAUACUGAAGAUGAUUUGAACUUAAAGGAGGUAUUGUUGAAACCACUACGUGCGAUGUGUCAGUUCCAACUCAACCAUGGAGCUGUAGUUCAUCAAAGCAAAGAAGCUGUGGCUAGAUCUAAGAUGCAAUGAAUAAAUUUGGAUUUUAUAG